GAUAUCUUUUCUGAGGAGGUGUGGUAAAUGAUGUUGUUGUUAAAAUUGUUUUACAUUAUGUACCUCGAAAUCGUACAUCAUUUCAUGUUUAGUUUGUUCUAAUAUUUAAUUCAUUAUGUAUGCAUACUAAAUGGACUGUUUACUUCACUGUUUGGUGAGAUCAUCUUCACUAUGAAGUCUAACUCACAAGUUGAUUUAUACUGAGGGAGUUAUUUUAAUGCAUAGACCAGUGAUAAUAUCAAUAUUAUAGAAGUAAUACAUGUAUAAUGAAGAAGUUGCCUGAUAAUUUUCCUGUAUUUCAAGAAUCAUUGUGAUAUGUUAUUAAAUUGAUGAUAGAAAGUUAACUACUAUGUCUCAAGUGAGCACAUUCCUACCAAAAAUAUUCCCACACAGAGAAAUGCCGUGCAAGCCAGCAAGCAGUGUUCUCACAACCUUUGAAACAUCUAAUAGAUAUGUUCAGUCAAACCUUGCUUAUGAUGUGUUCAGGGCAGUGGAGAAUGGGUCAUUGACAUUGGUACGCAAUGUUUUGUUAUCUCGUCCAGAUCUGGAUUUAAAUUUUCACAUCAAGGAUGUGACUCCACUCUCUCUGGCCUUGUAUAAACGACACUUUGACAUUUUUAACAUGUUGAUUCGACAUCAAGAAAAAACACGGCGAGUUGACCUGGAUGUAAGCAGUAAAGACACGCUAGGGAGAGUUGAGCCUCCAAUUAUAACAGCAUGUAGAAUGCAUUUUUUAGAAGGAGUUUUUACAUUGGUUGGUGCUGGAGCAGACAUUAAUUCAGUAGAUAAUUUGGGACACACAGCCUUGUGGGUAGCAGCUAGACGACAAAUGCCAGAUCUUGUGGAUUAUUUGAUUAUGAAUGGUGCUAGUGUCAACAAAGUGAAUAAAUUUCAAUACACCCCUUUAUUGGCAUCAUUAAUGUACCAUGUUAGUUCAAUUAUUGUAAAAAUGUUGAUUGUUAAUGGAAGUAAUCUUGGUCCACAUUCCCCUAUCGAACAUUGUGCUUUGUUCUGGGCAGCUAAACGUGGUAAUAUAGAAAUUGUUCGACUAGUUAUAGCUGCUGGUGUACCCCUGUCACAGAUAAGAGCAGUUAAAAUGGCACUUAUGAACAGUGAUAUAGAUCCAGAAAUAACAACUCUAUUAGACAUAGAUUCAAGAACCCCGCCUACUUUACAACAUCAGUGUAAACGAAUAAUAAGAACUUACAUUGCUAAUAAAAGUAUGGGGAUUUACUUCACAAAGCAUAUUGAUGGUCUGCCACUUCCGUCGAGUCUCAAAAACUACCUUGCUCUUGUUAGGUGACCUGUAUGGUGUCAUGACCUGACACUAUGUGUAUUAUGGUAGCUACAGAAUGUACAUUAUAUAAAUAUGGUUAUUAUCAUUUAUUACAUCAAUUUUGGAAGUGAUUAAAGAAUGUGUCCACGAUUUGUUUCUAACACUAAACCAGAUGUUCACUAUACAUGUAUGUGCAAUACAGCUAACUAGUUAAUCUAUAUGGUGGAUAGAUUCUUAAGUCCGGUCCAAUUCAGACCUUGGUCUGCAAGAAAAUAUUUCAAAAAUGAAAUAUGUUUUUAAGUUUAUAUUCUAAGAUCUGAUUUUAUGAGCGUGUGAAUGCGUUAGAUUUCCGCAGUGUCCAUAAAUUUAAUGAUUUCUAAAGAGUGUAAUAUGUGUAUGAAAAUGGACAUUGUGAAAGAAAUUCAAAGAAAAUUGACAUGGCUUCAUAUUAUUAUUAGAACAGAACUGAAUAAAUUUUAAUAAAGACUCAAGGCAUCUUACAUAUUCAUGUUUUGUAUUUAUUUGUUUUUCCAGAAAACAUGAUGGCAUAGUGAAUCAGAUAAAUUAUGAAAGUUUUUUCUGCAUGAUUGAUUAGAUGUGCACAUUGAAAUAAUAAUUGCAGGCAUCAAAGCUUCUUUCCUUCUAAAUUUUCAAAGCACUGUUAAACUUUUAGAAUGUUUAAAUCAUGUCAUAAACCAUUUGAAAGUCAUUGCAUGACACUGAAUAACCCCUAAUGUAAUUAAAGGGGAAGAUCAACAAUUUUCAACCAGGUUUCCAUGAAUCUUAAAUAUAUAUUCAUACAUAAUCCCCUCUGUAACACAAGCAAAAAUGUUUUUGUAAGCGAGAAAUUAGUUUUUAUUAAAACCUGAAGUGGUGUAGUUUGUUCUAUACACUCACUGGUCCCUAUAGUAAACAUAAAAAUUAAUUCUCGCUUACAAAAACUUUUUUACUUGUGUUACAGAGGGGAUUAUUUAUCAAUAUACAUUUAAGGUUUAUGGAAACCUUGUUGAAAGUCGUUGGUCUUCCCCAUUAAUUAUAUUGUAGUAGUCAUUCCUAUGAGCUUGAUCUUUCCCAUUAAUUAUAUUGUAGUAGUCAUUCCUGUGAGCUUAUCUGUGAAGCUUACACUACACUAAUAAACAUAUGUACUAUUAUUUAUGAAUAUUGAAACGUACAAUUUUUUUUAACAGAGAUAUAUCAAUCUGAAUUUGAUAAUAAAUAUUCUAUGAUAAUUUUCUUAAUGCCUGAGAAUAACCAAUUUGAUUAAAACACAGAUCCUAUUUCGUUUCGUUUUUUUAUAGUUCAAAACUUUGUUUUACUUGUCUUUACUACACUAGGAUCUGGAAGAGUUGUUAUAUAACAUUACCCGUGUUCUGGAUGAUGUGAGAGAUUAGUCAAUGAAACGGUCUGUUACAGAGAGUUUUUUGCGCGAGGUGCACAGAACUUUGGGUAAACCACUAGAAACGUCAACGCUGAUGUCAUAGUCAUAAGGUCGAAAGCUGCUUGUAUGACACCUGAAGCGACCUUCCACUAGAACUGGUGAGAUCUUCAUGUAGUGUAGGCCAUCGGAAGUAUAAAAAAACAAAACAAAAUAUAGAUCUGUAUAUUAAUCAGAUUUAGGAAUAACUGAAUUAUCAUCUUAUUGAGAUUUCUCUUAGAUUUGGAUAGUACCGUACCAGACCUAUUUCUAAAAUUAUCUUCUUAUUCUAAUUGAUGCAUCAUUUUAAGCAAUAGGAAUCCCUUGCAAACUACAAUGAAAUCAAGUCAGCUCCAGAGAAACUUUUGAUAAAUAUAUAUAAUCUGUUCUCACAAGAAUGAAGAAACAAGACUUUUAUUAUUAGUAACAGAAAAAGUGUAGGAAAAAAAUAAUAGGACCAUAAAUCGAAAUUUUAAUUUUAGAAAAAAUUCUGUUAUUGACCAAAUGUGAUUCUACUUAUGUAAAAUCGGGGCACAGAUCAUAGAGUUAGUGUUUUAUAAUUUUAUUAUAAUUUUUAUGAGAGAACAUAUAUCUGAGAAAUAUUUGUGUGACAGAUAUAUGGUGCUGGUACAGUACAGACUAUGUAUAAUGAUGAUGUCCUACAGCUUUUUCUUGUGUUAGAUGAGAUCAGAUCCUAUCAUAAAAAAUGGAAACAUAAUAUAUUUAUUUAAAUAAAAUGUAAAGUGUGUGAAGGGUGUGUGCAUAAUUCUUAUUUAGUAUCAGAACAUUGCUUUAAAAAUUUUACUUAAUCGCUUUAAAUUUACAAGUGCUUUGAAAAGAAUUGUAUACAUCUUUUCAGUUAAUGUUCAAAUUGGGGGUGGGGACAGUUUGUCGUAGACACAAUCACAGAGCAUGUCCACAUUUAUCUGUGGGACAUUAUCAGUCACACAUUUAAGACUGUAUUGUAUAAGAUGGUGAUAUAUAUUUUUAUUAUAUGAACAUUAUUAUUUUAUAUUGUGUAUUAAUGUCAGAUACAUAGGCUUAUAUGUCAAUGAUUUGUAUUUCCAUUCCACAUAAAUAAGUGGAAGGGUUCACAUUUUUGUGUUUGUUUUGUGUAAUUUUUUGUUAAGAUUACUUGUUAUUGUUUUACUAAUGAAAAAGUUUACUAUUGUUAAUACUGUUACAGACUAAUUUAAGUUAAUGAAAUUGAUUUUCUUUAUAUGUAUAGUUGUCACUUAAGGGUACUAAACAGAUCUGCUUUUAAAAUAGCAUGAUAUAACUUUACUCACAUUCAGGUUUUCAGUACAAAAGACAAUAUAACAACUCACUUUGUGAUAAACUUAAUGGUAUAUUCUCGAGACUAGAUUUAAAGUUUUCUCACUAACCCUUGUCAUUACUUCUAUUUGGUUUUUUUUUUAACCCAAUUAAUGUAGCAACAUUAAUCCUGAUAUCACAAAGUUACAUUUUAUUUGGUUUACUUUAAUGUCCAUUUAACACACCUUUAAUGUCGGUGUUUUUAUGGUUGGCUUUAAAUGGCUAGUAUAGGCUCGUCAGCUAAUCAAAUAUUGGCUCAUGAAUGGAAUGGUAUAAUUGUGAUGAUACAAUUUACCCAUGUAACGGAGAGAUGAUCUAAUGGUGACAUUAAGGAGACUUGAGAAACCUGUUUGAUGUCCAAUUGAUGACCUAAUAGAAACAUAUAGGAUGCCUGCGAAACAUGAUCGAUAUCCAACAACAGUUUGACAUUUUAUACACAAUUAAAGCUCCAGCAUAUCAGAAUAAAGAUUAAAUAUCGAAUUUAAAACCAAACAUAAUCAAACGAAAAAGGUAGGAAUAUUUUCAAAUUGGAUUGAUAGCUUAAUAACUCAUCAAGAGACAUUGCAGACUUCCACAUGCUAAGUUGGACAGUACCAGAAAUUAAAAACCCGAGAUCUAUAUUGAAAUUAAUGCGACUGUUGGACUUUAAAAGUUUUGCUUUAUGAUAUAAUUUAAAAAAAAAAAAAUCUUUUGGCAAUAACCAUAACGUGUUAAUUUCUGUUGCUACAGCACUAACAUUUAUAUUAUUAAACACUAUUUAUCUGAUAAUUAAUCGAAAAUGCAACUAAACUUAAUUAAGUACUAUACAUCUUUCUUUAGUUUAAUUUGCCAGUUAAUCUUUUAUUUCUUGUGGUAUGAUUAUUUUAAAAUAUUUCAUAUUAUUGUCUCCUGUUAUGGUUAUUUUUCAUCAUUUCAUUGGUGUUAAGUGUGAUGACAGACUGUUGUUGAAUUGAUUCUCUAUAAGAUUGCCUUUAGAAUUGUGAACUUGUAUGUAUUAUGUAAACUAACUGUGAAGGCUAUGUUUUGUUUUGUUUUUUCAACAAAGUAUACAUGGUAUUUUGAUCUUGCUUAAAUGUAUUUAUGCAUUCCGACAUGGAGAAAGAUAUGGUACAGUAUGUAUGUAUGUAUUUGUAUGAUAUAAUAUACUAUCUCUCAUGGGUGCUUUUGUGCAGUAAUUAUUAAAAUCAAUAAAACUUUCAAAUAAUA